GAUAACAGAUUAGACAAAGGUGAAGGUUGCCGGCGGCGUGUUGGUGAAUGUUGAGCUGUAACGGAGAAGAAAACAUCUUCAUCACCAUUCCUCAGCCAUGGGAGUUCCAGCAUUCUUCCGAUGGCUGAGCAGGAAAUAUCCAUCCAUCAUUGUGAAUUGUAUCGAACAGAAGGCAAAAGAAGUUGAUGGUCAGAAGGUACCAGUGGACACUAGUCAGCCAAAUCCAAAUGACUAUGAAUUUGACAAUCUAUACCUGGACAUGAAUGGGAUCAUCCAUCCAUGUUGUCAUCCUGAAGACAGGCCUGCCCCUAAAAAUGAAGACGAGAUGAUGGUUUUGAUAUUUGAGUUCAUAGACAGAAUCUUUUCAAUUGUUCGGCCAAGAAAAGUGUUGUACAUGGCCAUUGAUGGUGUGGCACCACGUGCCAAGAUGAACCAACAAAGGUCAAGGAGAUUCAGGGCCUCUAAGGAAACGGUAGAAAAGAAGGAAGAAAUGGCUGCAAUGCGGGCUCAGCUUGAAGCUAAAGGUUGUAGUGUACCUCCUCCCAAACCACCGGGGGAGCACUUCGACAGUAACUGUAUCACACCGGGCACACCGUUCAUGUUCAAACUGGCCGAGUGUCUGAUCUACUACAUCUAUGACAGACUGAACACAGAUCCUGGAUGGCAGGACAUCAAGGUUAUCUUGUCUGAUGCCAACUCUCCAGGGGAAGGAGAACACAAGAUCAUGGACUACAUUAGGAAACAGAGAGCCCAACCAGACCAUGAUCCCAACACCAAGCACUGUCUGUGUGGAGCUGACGCUGAUUUAAUCAUGUUGGGUUUAGCAACACAUGAACCGUACUUCACCAUCAUCAGAGAAGAAUUCAAACCUAAUCAGCCAAGACCAUGUGAACUCUGUGGACAGAUUGGUCAUGAGAUGAAAGAAUGUGUUGGUUUACCAAAAGAAAGGACAGAAAAAGGAGAUGAAGUGAAGCCCUUUGUGGGAGAAGAACAGCAGUAUAUCUUUGUGAGGUUGAAUAUAUUGCGUGAAUACCUAGAGCGAGAACUUCUCAUGGACAACCUGUCAUUUACCUAUGACUUUGAGAGAGCAUUGGAUGAUUGGGUGCUCAUGUGUUUCUUCGUGGGUAAUGAUUUCUUACCUCAUCUGCCAUCACUGGAAAUAAGAGAAGGAGCAAUUGACCGACUUCAACGUCUAUACAAAGACUGUGUCAGAAAGACUGGGGGAUACCUGACAGAGAAUGGUGUGUUGAACCUUACCCGUGUACAGCUAGUUCUGUCAGAUCUUGGUGCGGUAGAAGAUGAAAUAUUCAAAAGCAGAAGAAGCAAAGAGAUGUUCUUCAGACAGCGUGAUCGCGACAAUAAGCAGAGAGCCAAGAGAAUGCAGGAGGGACCGAAGUGGAUUCCUGGUGGAGCCCUGGCCCCUCAACCCCUAGGUCACUCCCACUCCUCCAGAGACUCGAGAGGACAGAGCAGUCGAGACUCCUCCAACUCAGGCGCAGCUCAUGCUCUCAAAGCCAUGCUGAGAAAUCCAGAAAAGGCAGCGGAUGAUCAGGGGGUGAAAAGACCAGAUGAAGAUGAAGAGGAACCAGAACCUCCAGAUGAUGUGAAGUUAUGGGAAGAUGGCUGGAAGGAUAGAUAUUACAAAAACAAGUUCAACGUUGGAAGUGAUGAUGGAGCUUUCAGACAAAAUGUUGCAAACCAUUAUGUCAGAGGUCUGUGCUGGGUGUUGAGGUAUUAUUAUCAGGGUUGUCCGUCUUGGAAGUGGUAUUUCCCAUAUCACUAUGCACCGUUCGCAUCUGACUUCGUCAACAUUGGAGAAUUGUCAAACUCAUUUGAAAUGGAUACAGAACCAUUCAAACCCCUAGAGCAGUUGAUGGGUGUGUUCCCUGCUGGCAGUAAAGAGCACCUCCCUGUAACCUGGCAACGGCUGAUGACCGAUCCUGAAUCUCCAAUUAUUGACUUCUAUCCAAUUGACUUCAAGAUAGAUCUGAAUGGAAAGAAAUAUGCCUGGCAAGGUGUUGCCUUACUGCCAUUUGUGGAUGAGAAGAGACUUCUGUCUGCCCUGGCUACUGUGUAUCCUGAUCUCACAAGUGGAGAGAGGAAGAGGAACACCAAAGGUAGUGACAGGGCGUUUGUUGGUAUUCGUCACCCUGUCUACACAUUCUUUGAGGGCCUCUAUGAGGGCACAAUGACAGAAGAGCCAGUGGACAUGGAUCCCAAAAAAACUCAGGGUCUUGCAGGCAAGGUGUGGUGUGAUGAAACAGCUGUGAUGACCGGAGGAACUGUGAUGUGCCCAGUACCAACACUCCACGACACCCCAGACAACAGGGCCAUUGGAGUACACUACAUGGACCCAGUGUAUGAACGAGGCUACAUGUACAAGACUGAAAGACUACCUGGGGCAGAAAUGCCUGCACGGGUCCUCAAGCCAGAGGACUUCAAUAAAAGCAAGCCCUGGAAACCAUGGAAACCACAGAUUGGGAUGUCCCGGGGGGGUUCCUCAAAUCGUGGGGCCAGGGAUAUAGACAGCGCUCUCAGGAUGAUCAGACAUGGUACGAGCGGUGGCGGGGGACAUGACCAGAGGGGUUCUUGGAACAGUGGCAGGGGAGACAACCGAUCACAUGGAGGAAAUGUGCCCUCUCUGCUCUCAUAUAGUGGUAAUGGUGGUUAUGGAGGAAGAGGACAGCAUGGAGGAGGCUACAACCAGGGAUAUGGUGGAGGGAGAGGAGGGGGCCAAAAUUACGACUCGCGCAGCGGUGGUCAUAAUAAGUAUGGUGGAGGUGGUUAUGGAAACCAAGGAGGUGGCUAUGGAAACCAAGGAAGUAACUAUGGAAACCAAGGAAGUAACUAUGGAAACCAAGGAAGUAACUAUGGAAAUCAACGAGACAGCUAUGGAGGUGGGCAGGGUCACUACAGUGACAACAGGAGAGAUAAUAGCCGAGGUGGCCACCAGCAACAUCAGCAGCAGAGAUUUUACCAACAGAACAGACCACGCCCAUACUAAGCACCAGACAGAAUGGUCACUUAUCUGGUCAUAGUCAAGGUCAGCUUUAACACCAGCAACGAGUAGUCAGCGCAUCUAUCGCACUGUUUGUCUACAUGUAAUCUGGUGCCAGUGAAAAUAAAGAUAGGUUGAAACAUUCAACAUUGUCUUUGAAGAAGUAUUCCGGAAAUGGCACAAUUGAUGAUCUCAGUGUUUUUUUGAGAGACAAGGGCUAGUGAAGACCUCCUGGGCCUGAGACGAUGUGAACCUGACUCUAUGGACUGUCACUGAUCUAGUUAUACAAAUUGUUUCUUGAUUUCUGCGAUUCAUUAUAAUGAUUUGCAGAAAUCAAGAAACAAUUUGUUUACUUCCCAGACUGUAUGUGAGGGGAUUAUAAUCAAAUUACACAGAUUUAGAAAAUUUUAACUUAUCAAUGAAAUUGAAUUUAUUAAUUUAUCUACAACAGAAUUAGUUUUAACAAGAAAGUCAUUUGUUAUGAAAAUGUGUAAAACUGUAUAUUAUGUUGUUCAAAUAUAAAUGAGCAGCAAUGACAAAUUUAUAGGAAAGAAAAUAAUUUGUAUUCCAUCGCUUUUAUUGAAGGUCAUAUAAACAUUGUAAUAUUACAGUGUUUUACAUCUGUAAUUAUCAUAAUAAAACUAAUUAUUUCAAACCUCA